AUGACGCAAGACUACACAUACGGAUCAAGCUUUUGGGAUGACCAGGAUGCUGGUGCUCGAAUUCUAUUAGACCACAUUAGCAAUGGGAUUGAGUCCUGCGAUAAUUUGGUUGUAUUCUACGAGGAGAGAAGUAAACUUGAAAAGGAUUACGCCCGAAGAUUGGGUGCAAUUAGCAAACGCUUGAGCGGUGGAUUGCAAAGCAACCCUGAUUAUGGAAAGCUUGGUGAGACGUUUAAGGGCUUACUGUCUACGCAGGAACGUUUGAGUCAGUCACAUUCAAAAGCAGCAGUGGAAAUACACAAGGAUGGAUAUACAGAGCUCAAACAGUUCGUCCAGCAGAUCCAAGCCAGGUACAAGACCAUCGAUAUCAAAGUUCGCAGCCUUUGCAACGACAAAAUCACUAAACGUCAGCUUUGCGAAGUAAUUAAGGAAAAAUUGAAUAAAGCUAGUAUCGAACUGCGGGACUGUCAGCUCAACAGGGAUAAUUAUCUUGGAAAGCGAGAUUCGGAUCAGAACGACAGACAAUAUCUCAAAUGGACCAGCAUUGUAGGGGAGCUGCAGUCGAAAAUGGACGUUUUGAAGCAGGAAUACAGAGCCUCUAGCAAGCACUGGCUGCACGAAUGGUCAAUUCUCAGCCUCGAGCUGCAAGAACUCGAAAAAACGCGCAUAGAGUUCAUCCAAGUGAAGUUAGAGCAGUUUGCAAAACAAUGCUCAGAAACGGCAAUCCAAGAGCAGACCAACAUGGAAAGUCUUACCCAGCGGGUUGCGAAAUUUACAGCAAACCAAGAUAUCGCAACUUUUGCGUACAAUCAUGGUACAGGGCGUAUAAAGACAUCUGCAUUGGAUUCAUCUACUAAGAGUGACAGGCCCAGAGUAAGCAGCUCCAGAACUUCCAAUAGCCAUGUACAGAACGUACGACAGCUUUCUUCGCAAUUACAAAGAAGCCGCUUAUCGGCACACUUUGGUGACAAGCCUGAUGUCACGCAAUCGACCUCGCGACCACCUCUUGGCACUGGGGAUGAAGAGAGUCCUAAUGAUGAACACCUCAAGCCUCCAAAAUCUGUGAAACUAUCUACAGACCACACGGAGGAUGCAGGCCGCAACAGCACGGUCGCUGCUUAUACCACUUCGGAGUCCUCAAAUGAUUCAUCGAACCCAACAGACUUCACAACACACUCGAGACGCAGAACAAGCAUUGAAUCUAUGAACACUUCGAUAUCUUCUCUCGCCCAUAGCAUAGAUGACUCCAGAAGAUUUGCUAAAUCCUGGAAUUCCGAAAACCGAAGAAAAUCGAAAACACGCUCUCAAGUAUUCAACUCCUCUCAUAAUACGAGUCUCAACGGAAGCUCAAGAUCCAGUAGUAUGGAGACGACAAGGAUUCAUACCAACUCGCAUGGACCCAUCGCCCCUUCCUCCGCUCAAAGGCGUAAAUCUAUGGUGACAGCGGAGCCCGAUUCAAAUCCAUUCAAGCAGGCCCUGGACGCGAUGAGAAAAGGAUCCAUGGAAGAAAACGACAACGAAAGCAUAAGCAGCCGAAGAUCCCCACAAAACAAACCUUUGAUUCCGUUCCAUCAACAAAGACAACCUACAGAACAGAGUAGGGCUGUUUCAACAACAAAGCGCGUCCUGGAUGGGGACCAGUACGUCGAGCUGCCGAGAUACGACAGUAAAGGUGAGGAGGUGAUCCAACAUGCCAAAGCGCUUUAUACUUUCAUGGAAGCCAACGAGCAGAUGAUAGUCAACUUCCGCGCAGGCGAUUUUCUACUGUUGACGGAGAAGCUGGACGAUGACUGGUUUAUUGGCGAAGUUUUGGACACUGCAAACGUUGACCCACAAUAUCGCCAUGGAAUCAUCCCACAUAAUUACAUCCAGCUACUGCCACGAGACUAA